AUGGCAUCCACCAACCGAGCGACGUCUGAAGCCAACCGCCCAAAAUAUUCUCGGGUAUGGAGCCACACGGACCACGGAACGACUCCCGAUCUUAUUGAAUCCUUCGCCCGUUUCACUCUGACAAAGCACUCCACAAACAAGGAUGACAAAGUGGUACAGUGGUCAAAAAACCAAGGACAUCGAUCGGUGACUGUGGCUGCACAGCACAAACACAGUACGGUGCACGGGGCCGUCAAAUUCCUGAAGCGGCACGAGAGCUCCAAAAUUUGA